UCUCAUUCCUCCACCACUUUUUGUCAGAAAACUCAUUCUCUCCUCUGCAGAAAGAAAGAAAGACAUUGGAGAGGGGUUAAAACGGGAAAGAGUGAAAGUAAAGUCAUGUCGGACCGUUUUGGUCUCGAGAGAGAUAGUAAGCAAAGGAGUGAAGCCUAAGGGAAGUUAAAAAGAUCACUCUUUCAUCAAAUGGAAUCAGAUGAUUGCUCUGUUAAAGUUGCUGUCCACAUCAGACCGCUCAUCGGCGACGAACGGCUUCAAGGUUGUAAAGAUUGUGUCACUGUCGUUUCCGGUAAACCUCAGGUACAAAUUGGAUCACAUUCUUUUACGUUCGACCAUGUAUACGGAAGCACUGGCUCUCCAUCUACCGAAAUGUAUCAAGAAUGCGCUGCACCGCUCGUUGACGGUUUAUUCCAAGGCUACAACGCGACGGUUCUUGCUUAUGGCCAGACUGGUUCCGGUAAAACAUACACAAUGGGCACAGGCUGCGGAGACAACAGCAGCCAAACAGGGAUCGUACCUCAAGUCAUGAACGCUCUUUUCACCAAGAUUGAGACUCUCAAGGAUCAUAUCGAGUUUCAGAUACACGUUUCUUUCAUCGAGAUUCAUAAAGAAGAGGUGCAAGAUUUGCUGGAUCCUUCCACUAUUAACAAGUCAGACACUAAGGUAGCACAUGUCCCUGGGAAGCCACCGAUACAGAUCAGAGAAUCAUCCAACGGUGUUAUCACAUUAGCUGGAUCCACGGAAGUAAGCGUCACUACUCUCAAAGAGAUGGCUGCUUGUCUCGAUCAAGGCUCGUUCAGCAGAGCUACUGGUAGUACCAACAUGAACAAUCAGUCAAGUCGUUCACAUGCCAUUUUCACUAUCUCCGUGGAGCAAAUGCGCAAGAUUAAUAAUAAUACAGAUUCUCCUGAAAACGGUAGCUUGAAAGAAGAGUAUCUGUGUGCAAAGUUGCACCUUGUAGACCUUGCUGGUUCGGAACGUGCCAAACGAACUGGCUCUGACGGUAUGAGAUUUAAAGAAGGAGUACACAUAAACAAAGGCCUCCUUGCGCUUGGUAAUGUCAUCAGUGCUCUCGGAGAUGAGAAAAAGCGUAAAGAUGGUGCCCAUGUUCCUUACAGAGACAGUAAACUUACACGGCUUUUGCAGGAUUCACUUGGGGGCAACAGCAGAACUGUAAUGAUAGCUUGCAUCAGUCCUGCAGAUAUUAAUGCGGAGGAAACACUUAACACUCUUAAAUAUGCAAACCGUGCUCGAAACAUCCGGAACAAACCUGUUGUUAAUAGAGAUCCUGUGUCCAGUGAGAUGCUGAAAAUGCGUCAACAGCUCGAAUACUUACAGGCAGAGCUCUCCUUACGUAAUGGAGGAUCCUCAUGUGCAGAGCUUCAGGUUCUUAAGGAAAGGAUUGCUUCCCUCGAAACUGCUAAUGAAGACCUUUGCCGGGAGCUUCAUGAGUACAGAAGCAGAUGUGGUGGUGUAGAGGAGCCUACUGACAAAGACUUUAAAGACAUACAAGCUGUAGAUGAAAUCGUCGGUUCGGUUAGACCAGAUGGGCUGAAAAGGAGCUUGCACAGUAUAGAGUCGUCUAAUUACCCCAUGGUUGAAGCCACUACAGGUGAUUCAAGGGAAGUAGACGAAGAGGCAAAGGAGUGGGAGCACAAGCUCUUGCAGAAUAGUAUGGACAAAGAGUUGCAUGAACUGAACCGCCGUCUAGAGGAAAAAGAGUCUGAAAUGAAGCUUUUUGAUGAUCCGGCUGCGCUAAAGCAACAUUUUGGAAAGAAAAUUGCGGAGGUGGAGGAUGAAAAGAGAUCUGUUCAGGAAGAGAGAAACCGUUUGUUAGCUGAAAUUGAGAACCUUGCUUCUUCUGGUGGCCAAGCACAGAAGCUGCAAGAUGUGCAUGCUCAGAAUCUUAAAUCGCUUGAAGCACAGAUUCAAGACCUUAAGAAAAAGCAGGAGAGCCAGGUUCAGCUACUGAAGCAGAAGCAAAAGAGUGACGACGCGGCUAAGAGGUUACAAGACGAAAUCCAGUCCAUCAAGGCCCAAAAGGUCCAGCUGCAGCACAGAAUGAAACAAGAAGCAGAACAGUUUCGACAGUGGAAAGCCUCCCGGGAGAAGGAACUUUUGCAGUUACGGAAAGAAGGGAGAAAGAGCGAGUAUGAAAGGCAUAAGCUGCAAGCUUUAAAUCAGCGCCAGAAAAUGGUUCUACAGAGGAAGACAGAAGAGGCUGCAAUGGCUACCAAGAGGUUAAAAGAGUUGUUGGAAGCUAGGAAGUCUUCUCCUCGUGAACACUCAGGUGGUACAAAUGGCUUUGCAACAAAUGGUCAGACCAACGAGAAGUCGUUGCAGCGGUGGCUAGAUCAUGAGCUGGAAGUCAUGGUGAAUGUGCAUGAAGUACGUCACGAGUACGAGAAACAAAGCCAUGUACGAGCUGCUCUAGCGGAAGAGUUGGCUGUGUUAAGACAAGUUGAUGAGUUUGCAGUGAAAGGGUUAAGUCCUCCAAGAGGAAAAAAUGGCUUUGCUAGGUUACUUUUCUUUUCUCACAUGAAUUUUCAUUUGAUUUCUAAUUUUGCUUACAAGUUUUUUGUUUUCAGGGCAUCAUCGUUGUCACCUAAUGCAAGGACGGCGAGAAUAUCUUCGCUUGAGAACAUGCUAGAGAUAUCUUCCAACUCUCUAGUGGCAAUGGCGUCACAGCUUUCUGAGGCGGAAGAACGUGAGCGUGCCUUUACAAGCCGUGGCCGUUGGAACCAGCUAAGGUCAAUGGGAGAGGCAAAGAACUUGCUUCAGUACAUGUUCAACUCUCUUGCGGAAACAAGGUGCCAGUUGUGGGAGAAAGAUGUGGAAAUAAAAGAAAUGAAAGAUCAGUUUAAAGAAAUUGUUGGCCUUCUGAGGCAGAGUGAGCUGAGAAGGAAAGAAGCUGAAAAGGAGGUUAAGUUAAGGGAGCAAGCACAUGCAACUUCCUUAGCUUCAUCUCCACUUGGAACCCCACCGAGUUCAGUGAAGCAUUUAGCUGAGGACAUGACCACACCUUCUCCAAUGACUGUGCCAGCACAGAAACAGCUCAAAUUCACUCCGGGGAUUGCUAACGGCAAAGUGAAAGACUCAGCUGCAUUUAUUAAUACAAACAAGAAGAUGGUACCAAUGGGACAAGUAUCGAUGAGGAAACUAUCCGCCAUUGGACAACAGAGUGGGAAGCUUUGGAGGUGGAAGAGAAGUCAUCACCAGUGGAUUGUCCAAUUCAAAUGGAAGUGGCAAAAGCCAUGGAGGCUCUCCGAGUGGAUUAGGCACAGUGACGAAACACUUCUCAAGGCUAAAUCUCGACAUAAGGCUCUGCCUAAGAAGAUCAUGUGAUCAAGUUACUGCUAUGUUUCACUUUGGGAGUAAAACUCUCAACGUUGCGUGAUAUUGAACCACCAGGACGAGCGGGCAGAUGCUGCUGUAGGUAACAGAUAGCUUAAGGCUUAUUAGGAGUCAGAUUGUUCUUUUUUUCAUGUUGAUAGAAUUGACAUCUUAUACAUCCACUAAAGGAGCUCAUGAAGGAAAUAAAACAUCAUCUGGUUUUGUUGUAAAUGAUAAAAUAUCUAUUUAGUGUUCAGUUUUGUUUUUGUUCAAAAA